GGCAGCGGCUGACCGCUGACGGACGGCGUCACGGCGAGGAUUAAGCGGCCGCAAUCGUGCAUUUGCAUUUUAUUGCCGGUACACCGCCGACCCGUCAAGGCCGUGGCUCGCGUCCGCAGCCGCCGCUGCGACAUGGCAUACGGCUCUGAGGAUCGACGCGACGACCGGAGAAACAAUAAAAAAUUUCGAGUAGGUCUAGCUAAUGAGUGGAGCCCUCGGGAGCGGGCGAACGGCGUCCCUGCGUCAUCCUCAACAAUAUCCAGUGAAGCCGCAGGGAGCGCGGGGGCGCGGGGGCGCGGGGAGUAAUGAUACAUUUGCGCGAAGUGAGGUGCGAGGUGCCGCCGACCAACCUCCCAGCCUCCACUGGCCGGUGGGCGCUGCACCCCCACGCUGCCGCCGGGGAAGAGGAGGGAAGGGGUACUGCUGCAAUAGGAAAAUAUCGCAAUGCUGAACUAUCGACAAAGGAAAUGCCGCACUGCCACCGCGCCCGCGAUUCGAAAAAAACUCACACUCGUCCGGUGCGGCGCUUCGUCGGAGCAGGCAUGCAGCAGCUGCAGUCCCGCAGCCGCAGCACCGUGCCUGCACUCGGCGACGAUGACACCGACAUCGCCCACUGCGCGCCGGUCCAUUUGCCCGCAUCAGUUGCGCACAUUAUGAUUACGUCUUUACGAGAGCGAAUCUUCUCACGCCUGGGCGCGGAGUUAGCGGCGGAGGGGGCGGUGUAAUUGCGUGCGCGGCGGCGGCGGCGCGGGCGCAGUGCCAUAAAGCAGCGUGGUUUGAAUAUCAGCCGUGCACCGGCCGGUCGCAUGCGGUAAGCUGUACGGUGGGUUUUGGCAGUAGACGGUGAGACUACACAAAGCGAUGUAUGAACGGACCGAGACCGACUUCCGUAAUGUUGCACAAACUCCUUAUCAACUCUCAAACAACAAUAUUGUUAAUUGUAGCGGUAUUCAAUGAGCACAAUUGCAUGUCCAACAUAAUAUUACGUAGUUCAAUUUUUAAAUCCACAUCUCUACAUUUCAGAGCGACGAGCCCAACAUAUCUAUUCCGUUGUGGUUUUUUCUCAUCGUGCAUAUAUAAAACUAGUAUGUAUUUUGUUUCCUAUUAAUAAGCUGAGUACGAGUACAGUCGAUGUACAAAAAGGAAAUGGCAGCUUGAUACCGCGUUGCGCGCCCGGGCCGCGCGUCCGACCGCUGAUAAUCUAGUUAAAUUUAUUUAUUGGCUUUCUCAGUCCCCCCCCGCGCGCUCCCCGCGCCGUGAAUAUCGCCUAAGUCGAGGCUCGACAAGGCUCACCGCCGCCAGCGCGAGCUCUAUCGUAAUUUAUAGAGCCUACAUCGAGCGACGUAUGAACAUAUUGUUGUACAAGUUCCUUAUCUACGCUCAAUAAAAACAAUAAUACUGUUAAUUAUACGGAUGUUCAAUGAGCACAAUUGCACAUACAACGUAAUAUUUAUGUUCAACUUAAUUUUUUUUAUUCCACUGAUAGCAAUGAAUAGUGACUGGCUCCAUCAAAAAGUAUUGCCACAGGUUCUUCUUCAAAUAAAGUUAUUCAUGUUAUAAACAAGAGAAAGAAAAGACGUUAUGCAUUCGGAGUAGAUCUCCAGCCACCUGCGCGGGCGCAGGCUCCGCGGCCUCGCCGGCGGGUGUGGGUCAGCGGCUAUCGCGAUGCGCCGCUCACGCCAAGCCUUGUGCGCCUGCGCGGCGUUGAUUUACGCUCGCCGCCGCUGCAUCUCGCGCUCACAACAUAAACGCUACCAUUUGCUUCACAUUGCAAUGAUCAGACAUUUUUAUUUCAAUAAAUCAAUUUAUCGUUUCAUCUCACGUCGACCGAAGAAAAAACAUUAUUUAUUUUUGUACUUACUAAUUUACUUAUGAUAUACCCACAGAACACUGUUCAUAAAGAGCUGCUACAAGCUGCUUUGUUACAACUCAUUAUGGCAAUUUAUAUUCUAAUGUUCCACACAACAGUCAUAACUCUGUCCGUGUAGGGCGCGAGACGCGCUCGGCAGUGGCGCGUUGUGUCUUGCUGUUCUUAAUGACUUCCGUAACGACAUCUCUGCGUCAUUGUGCACGGCUGUGAGCCACUGACGCCGACGUCCUCACCCGGCCCGCGGCGACGACGCCGCCGGCGCUGGUUUGCUAACACGUUACACCCAAUAGCGGGCACGCGAGAGACUUUUAUUGUUAAUCAAAGUUACAAGGGUUUUUUCUGGUGGUACUUUAUAUUCAAUAAAAUUAGGUGCCAUUUUUCGUUAAAACAGUUAGACAUUAUCAGAAGUAAAGCUAGCCAUUUAAAUGUUCUUAUCAGAAAUAAACAAAUAAUUAUGUUAUCAGUUCGUAUGAAUUAUGUGGAAAAUUAAGGUGCGACGAUUAAGUAAACAGCGUGAUGGCCCUGCCCGAGACUUGGUGCGUGUUGACUCGAGAAUUUGUUUUUAUCAGUUUAUCUAUACAAUUAAUAACACCUUUCAAUCGCAUUUCUUUUUAAAAAACCACUACAAAAAAUACUAUAUUUAAGAACGUUUUUCACUGACAGCUGACUACUUACAACUAUAAAAUUGCAAAAGCAUUGUACACAUUGCCAAUGUUGCUGUUGUGUUGUGAUGUACGUAUGUAUAGGUCAGUUUCAAGGAGCGUUGAUUGAAGUUAGUACCCUUUAGUAUUCAAUAGUUUGAUCGGCGAAGUCGACGCACCUGCUUAUUAGUUGUUCUGAACUUGACCCCUUUUCACAUGCAGGUUUUUAGUGGCAUACAUUUUUUUUUACAAAAAUAUAUUCAAUAUACAUUAACUAUUGACAUUCACUGGUUUAUGUGCAUGUACAGUCAUUGAUAAUAGUAGCGCUGAUUAAUGAUUAGAUUAACA